AUGAAGAUCCAGAAAGACGCCGUUAACAUUUUACAACGUACUUCAGAUUACCUAGCAAGUGGAAUAAUCACUAAAAAACCACAAUGGUAUGACAUUGUUGCUAAUAUCCCACCAACCAAACAAUUCACUCGUAUUCCAAGACUAAAUGAUAAUCCUUCCACCGGGAAACCAGCUUAUCAGGAUAACGUUACCUGUCUAGAUAAAUUAAAUACCAUUACCAGCAAGGGAUAUUUUAAAACCAGACCUAAUUCUAUUGAUAAACACAAAAGCACUAAACAUUUAUAUAAACCUGUUAAAUUGAAAUUUUUCGAAGACAAGUUAAGGACUGUAUUUUAUGACCAGCAUCCAUGGGAAUUAUCCAGACCUAAAGUUUUAAUUGAAAAUUUAUCAGUUGAUAUUUCUAAAUAUGAUUGGAGUUCAAUACAACAACUAGGUAAACCUUUAGAUGGUGAAAGCGUUGUCCAAAGAACUUUAUAUUUGUUGAAAAAUGAGAAUAAGGAUUUAAAAGAGGCUUACGAUAUAGCAAGAUUUGAAUUUUACAAACUAAGGAUUGAAGAGGAGCUUAAUAAUCAAAUUGUUUUAGAAGAGGCUAUAAUGAUGGGCAGUGUUUUUAAGGAAAGUGCCAUUGAAACCGGUUUCAGACAAGAACAAGAUGUUAUUAAAGCUUGGGAAAAGAAGGCCAUUAGAAAGACUCAAUUAUUAGAAGCUAAAAGCUCCAAUCCAUCUGCUGCUGCUUUUAAUGAUAGCAAUGGCAAAUUGGGUGAUAAACAACAAUCUGAUGCCAUAGAUGAAGAGGAAUUGGCUUUAUAG